UACCAGCACCACCACCCCAAAAGGCCUAAACACACAACAUGCCCAAGCCGUAUCAAUCCUCGUGAACCCAAUUCCCCCUCUCUCUCUGGAUCUGAUCCGAUCGAUUACAAAUUUUUCCUCUCUCCCUCUGCGUUUUUUUUGAUGGCGUCGGAUCAACGCGACACUGUUUUCUCCGUUGAAUCGCCGGAUCUAGAAGACGGCGGCGGCGGUAGCGGUGGUGGAGGAGGAGGAGGUGAAACUGAAUCAGACGAAGAUGUUGUUAUACCCGAACCAAACGAAGCCGAAGAAGACGAUCCAGAAUACGAAGAUCUGAAUUCUCCCUCUAUGGUCUCCGCAAUCUCAACAGCUCCGGCCGCCGCGAAAUCCUCCUCCACUACAGGUACCGUAACCGUCGCUCUUCCCGCCGGAUCCGCCGUUCCUGUAGCUUCAAUUCCAUCGGAUUCCGAUCAGAAAUGGCACCGUAUGACCGAGGUCGUUCACCAGAGACCACCGAUCGACGAUUCCAGACGGCUUUUUCAGAGGCUAUGGACAGACGAAGACGAGAUCGAGCUCCUCCGUGGCUUUCUCGAUUACAUAACGAGCCACCGUGGCUACAGCUCACACCCGCCUGAUACGGCGCCGUUUUACGAGCAGAUCAAAUCUAAGCUUCAGUUGGAGUUUAACAAGAAUCAGCUCGUGGAGAAGCUGAGGAGGUUGAAGAAGAAGUAUAGGAAUGUGAUGAGUAAGAUUAGUUCUGGGAAAGAGGUAUUCUUCAAAAGCCCUCAUGAUCAAGCUACUUUUGAUAUCUCUAGGAAGAUUUGGAAUCAAACUGGGAAGAUCAUUGGGUUUGAAGAUAACAGUGUUAUGGAUUUCGAGGAAACCAAUCAUGUAAAUAACACCAAUGGUAGCUCGAGUUUCAAUAUCUCUAUGGGUAACGCUAAUGCUGAUGUUGUCGAUUUGGAGAACGGGUUGGAGAAGAAAGUGACAAUGAGUAGGAAACGAUCACGGUCGAGGAUUGGGAAGAUGGAUGAAGAUAAACCGGUUUUAGCUCCGUGUGACGGCGGGGGAAUGCCGCCUAACGCUGUUAAUCUUAACGAGAAUGUUGGUGAGUUUAGCGACGGGAGGAAUCUAGGUGGGUUGAUUGAAGAGACGGUGAAGAAUUGUGUGUCGCCUAUGAUUAAAGAGAUGAUGAAUGGUACGACGGGGAUGAUGAUGGCUGCAAUGGGUGGGUUUCCUGGAGGUGGUGGUGGUGCUCAUGCUCUAGGUGUGUUGAGUCCGAUGCUAAUGCCGUCGAUGAAUCUCGGGUUUGGAGGUAAAGGAGCUGGUGACGAACGGUGGAGGAGACAACAGAUUCUGGAGUUGGAAGUGUAUUCGAGGAGAUUAGAAUUGGUUCAAGAGCAGAUUAGAGCCACGGUGAAUGAGUUAAAGACAUUUCCCAAUGGAGGAUGAUGAUGAAUAAAGAAAGACUUUUAAUUAAUUGGGUUUGUUAUAAGUAUCUAAGUUAUGAGAGCAAGAUGAAGAAGGAAGAAGAUGAAUGUUGGUCUUGUGGUAUGGUGGUGAGGUAUAGUAUUAGCAAGUUUUAUAAACUAAUAAUCUGAGUACUGAAAAAUUUCUGAUGGUGAUGAAAUCUUUCCAGGUUUUUGUUUUCUUUAGUAUUUUUCUUGAUUGAAUCUUUUUUAUUUUUUGUCGAUUAGGGGUGAAUGAAUGCUAGGUGGGGUUGUGCAUAACCUUUGUAUUAGUCUAUUAGAUUAUAGUUUUUGGUAGAGUUCAAUAAACAUAACAAGGCUCUCGAGGUAAAUUAUUUAUAUAAAGAACAAGCAAAUAUAUGUCGUGAUGCAUAUAAUAUUGAUAUUAUAUCUUAUGAACAUUAACAUGUCUUUUUUGGAAUUUGAUCUAUGUAUUCCGAACUUCCGAAGACAUGUCAAGUAAAUCACUGAUGUCUUCUCACUAUAUGUUGCAAUUGUUAUAUUUAUUUGAUGAUCAAUUUGUGUAA